GCGAGUCACAACGAUCGACGAUGUCGCGAACCGAUAACGAUAGAUCGAUCGAUCGAACGAUCCGUUCGCGGAACGUGUCGCGAGCCGUGUUUACGUAGCCGGAUUCCGGAGGGUCGUUCGUUCGAUCAACGGACCGAAUCGCGACGAUUCCCUCGCUCUGCACCGCUCUUUCGACGUCCAUCCUCCGAACGUGACGUUCGCCUCGAACGAGCUCGUUUGUCCAGAAUCGGUAAUCGACCGGUCGCCGCGCACGCUGGCGAGUUUUUUCGUUUCUACGGGGCCGGCUGAGCUAUGCCUUCCGAGAUAUUUUGAGAUGUGUAUGUACCAGUCGGUCGCGAGACGGCCAGUUCGAAAGCGGGACACCUACCGAGUUCCCCCGCGAUUUACAUACGAUUACCAAGGGAACGAGCGUUCGUCGUUUUGUUUAUCCUUAUCGUUUGUUGAUCUUGCUCCCCCUCGCGAUAGUUGGCGAUUCCAACGAACUCGUUCGGAUAUUAGCUUCUGGGAACGAGUCGACGAGCAGCUUGCACAGUGAAAUCGAGGAUCUUGCGAGAGUUCCGUGAAAAAUGACGAUUCGCAACAGGUGUACUUUUGUGUAUCAGGUUCGAGGAACGUAGAAUGAUUUUUAGAAAUUAUUGUAAGAUCAGUAAUCGACACUGAGUGUUGUAAAUUUUUGAUUGUGGUGUUCAUGUUUCCAAGAAUAUGGAAUGUUCGAUGGAGGAUGAUCUCAGCUCUCACGAUCGAUAACCAGAGUAACAUUCUGUGUGUAGAUUCUCUAGAUAAAAAAUAACUAUUUGGACCAAAAUUCGAAGUUACUAUUCAAAUAAAUAAAAUAUUUACGAAGGAAGGAAAGCUGGUCGUCGAAUAGCAUUCGUAAACACGCGUAGUUGGGCGUUCGUGCAGACAGCCCGCCAUUUCUCGCUACGCCAAUACGGUUAUAAAACAGGCAGUGAACGUUACGGCAUUCUUGCCAGGAAUUUAUUUUGGCAUACUGCGAAUCACUGCGCUCGGUGGCCGAACGAGCCGCGUUUUCGUGUCUUCUUCACGACGUGCUGGGCGAAAGAAAUAUAAAUUUCGCGGUACAGUUGAACUCUGAUCGCGUGUGCAACCGUAACUAUUUUAAUUUACUUCCAUUCCCUCAGGAUCACUCACUUUUAUAAAAUAUCGCGGUAGGGGAGAACAACGAUCGCAAACAUAGCCAAACGGAACGAAGAAAUGGUAGGGUGCCGUUUCGGGAGCCUUCCAAAGUCAAACUUCCUCGAUUCUGACAAGCUGCCAAACGUCUGAGGUCACGUUGCAUAAGCGAUUUAAUAUUCAUGCGAUUCCGUCGAAGUAUGAUUCUCGAUCGCUUAUUUCGUACAGUGGAUAUCGUGUGAAACGCGUCGCGGGUGGCGGGGUGGGAACAUCUCGCAAAUUGAACCGCGAAACGUGGAACAAUGGCGGUCGAUAAUGCCACUUUGAAUGCAGUGCGCAAUUGAUCAACGAUAGCGAAGGGAAAAGCAAACAACAACCACGAACCGUGACUAUGCGAACCGUCGCUCUGGCCAACAUAUUUGUACAUUGUUUGAAAAUAUUUUUAAACCGUCGAGCAUGUUUGACGUCCAACUCAAUGGAACCGACCGCGUAUCGUCCAGUGGAUACUUAAAUGUCGUAUCGUGACUAUUUCAGAACAGCGAAACGCGGUUUAAAUUCGCUGGUGUGCUCGUAACAAUCGCGAAGAUUCAACGAUAAAACUAGCCGGCCUGUUCGAACGAUCAAAAUAUUUUCGUUCCGUUGGGAAAUAUUUUCGAAUGCACGCGAGUGUUUGUGUAUCAAAGUGAAUGUAAAUAUUGACACGCGAGAUGUUGAUGGAAAUAUUUCAAUAUUGAUUUUCUCCUUUUAUGUUAUGGAAAUACUAUAAUUGCCAUUAAAUAUGCUCACGAACGUGGACGUUUAAACGGGGCAGUGGAGUGGCUUCGAUGCCCACGGAACUGUAAGAAUUUUAUAUAACUCCGAUCGCGUGUGGUUUCAUUUUGAAUGGAUAAUCUAUAAAUGAAAAUACUUAAAAUCGUCGGGACAAACUACGAGAAUAGUUUAAAGUCUGAUUAAAACGAACAACCGAGCACAAAUCGACUCGCAACACGGACACGACCGGGUUAAACCGCAAUUCGAACGCCUCGAAACUAAGCAACUUGGUAUAGCUUGGACACCAAAAACCACGAUGUGGACACCGCGUAGACAUCGUAAUGGACCUUCUAAUUUAAAAUGCUGAAAAGUGCUUUCGGGAAUUUUUUUAUCGAACACUCUUCAUAAUAGAUUCUUCAAACUUUGCACAUACUUCACAAAAAUACGUAUGUAUGUAUGUUCAUGAAGAUAUAUUAAUUUAUUUAAAAAAGUACAUGAACUUGACUAAUACAAGACAAGCUCAACUAGUGAUCACAAUUUUUUAAAGCCCAUUAAAGGAUCGACUUUGCAUAGAGUUUGAUAUGAACAUGUUUGAGACUGCAACUAAGCAAGAAUAUUGAAAAUUAUUUCUAGCUUAAAAUAUUGAAAAGAGACACUUUGUGAAUUAUUUUCUCAGACACUGUUGAUAAUAGCUUCUUCAAACUUUGUACAUUCGUUUGCACAUACUUCAAGAGUGUAUUUUUAUACCUGAAGAUAUAUUAAUUUAUUAAAAAAAAAUAUGAACUUGACGAACACAAGACAAGCACAACUAGUGAUCACAAUUUUCUAAACACCAUUAAACAGAAUCAUCGAGUUUGCUAUAAACAUAUUUGAGACUGCAACCGAACAAAAAUAUUGAAAAUUCUACAUCAAAAUGCUACGAAGGGAUGUUGUUACGUGAAUUAUCUUCUCAAACACUGUUAACAGUAUCCUCUUCAAACUUAUCACAUUCUCUCGAAUAUACACUUUACAAACCAAAUAUUAACUCAUCGAAUAAACGAUAAUUUCCCUAUGGAAACGUGCCCAAUUUUAAAAAUUCUAUCAACCCUAUUCGGAAAAAGCGACAUUAUAUCAAGUACGAAGGAAAAGUAUAAAUUCUGAAAGUGUACGGUAAAAAUCGUCGACGAGCUUUUAAAAGCCAGCAUCUGUCGUUGGAACGAAAACCGUUAUCGCGUGGAGCGCAAAAACCGGAAGCCAUGAAGAACUCUCACCCGCUCAUAACGGCGGCGACGUCCAGUCCAGUAAAUCCGGAUUCCUCGUCUCCCAACGAGCCUACGGAACCGUGCAUCAGGUUGAAGCUGGACAAGCCGUUGCACUGGGAGUGGGAGCUGACUACGACCGCGGACACGCUUCCUGUUAUACAACUGUUGGGCAAAGAUGGCCGUCUGUUGGUCGAGACGACCGGUAAAACGGCGCAGAGGGCGAGGGGCUCGUUUCGCGAGGGUCUCAAGACCUACGAGCAAUUCCCUACGAGCAAACCAGCCUCCGAGAAGACGACCACCGCGUCGUCGUCCCUCUCCUCUUCCUCUUCCUCGAUUCCCGCUCCGAUACAAGGGAAUCGAAACAUCGAUGGGUUCAGCACGAAGUUCGGGGGCUACGAGUUCGGUUACAGACCUCGAAAAUCCAAGAGCGAGGUGACCGUGAAGGAAAAAGAAAAAAAAUCGAGGAACAGGCGGUCCGGGGAACCGGAAGCCACCGUCCAGCGGAACGAGCAGCCCAAGACGUCGUCGAAGAGAUACUCCGUGGGGGACUAUCUUCGCCAGCAGAUCAUAGACGACCUCAGGACGAAGAGCACUCUAGGCAAGUGCCCGGAGGAGAUCGCGAAAGAGAGGUGCAAGAAGAUGAAGGCUUACCUGAGGAGCCAGAGCGAGACUCUAUCGAUCGAGCCCGAGGAGGAGAAUCGGGUGACCGAGUCGAAGAUUAACGGGGACGAGGUUCCGAGUCAAAGAAUUAAAGACGGCUUAAAGGAACUGAGGGAGACGAUCGGGGAGGAGGAGCCGAGGCUCGAGGUGUCCAACGACGUUCCGUGGAUCGAUUCGAAAGAGGAGCCGUCGAGAACGGACGGCUCGGUUUUCCAACGGGGGGAGAACAGAAUCGGAAACGAGGAACUGGAGAGGGUGAGGGCGUUCCUGCGGAGGAAGCUUCAGCAGAAGAUGGAGGAGCACCAGCGAUCGGCCAGCUCGAGUCGCUGCGACGAGCUCGGACGCGGUAUCGAGAAGAGAUACUCGGAUUACGGGCGAAACGAGCGUCCGGGGGGCUAUCGGACGCGAAAGGUGCGCAGCGAGACCAACGUCAUCAGAUUCGAUCCGGAGGCCGUGCAGAAGGACAGACAGAGGGAGAGAUCGAGGAACGGGAGGACACGCUCGGAGGAUUCGUCGAAGGGCAAAGUUUAUCGGUCGAGGAGCGAUGCCAUUCUCGAGGCGUCGAGACAGAAAUCCCAAACAAGGGAAUCCGAGAAACGGAAACUUUAUCGAAAAACGAAGAGCGACGUUUUGUUGGGCCAGAUAGGAGGCGGCGUCGACUCCGAGCAGGAUUUCGCGAAUCCACCGAGACGCAUCAGGAGCCAGGACAACGUCGACGAGUCCUGGCGCGAGUACAAGGAGAGGAAGAGGCACGAGAGGAUGCAUCGCGAGUCCGAGAGGGACGCGAACGAGGAAGACUUCAUGAGCAAGCCGAGGUGGAAGGAUCUCCAGGCGGAUCUGUGCCCCUUCAGAAACUGCAGAGUCUGUCAGAACUUGCUGAAUUGCGUAAAUCCGUUGCAGGAGCGCGGAAUCCCGGAGGAUCGACCGAGGAGGGAGGCCACGGCGACGUUGAACGACUCGUCGAGCGACAGGCCGAGCACCAGCCUGCAGGAGAAUUAUUUGGUCGUCGAUCGAGGCCCCGGGAAUCCCAAGAAACAGACGCUCGUCGAGAAUCUGGCAAGGAAUCGAGGAUUCGAGGCGGUUAACGCGAUGUCCCCCGACUGUGGCUACAACACGAUCCCCAAGAAAGCGUUCAAGGACUAUCGAGACCUGUACACGCGAUCGAACGUGAAGAAGAGUAACACGUUUAAGAUCGUGGAUGGCAGCGAAGAUCCUGAAGAGGAGGAUCAAAUCGAGCCGAAAGGAGAGUUCGACGAGGGAUUGGUUGAUAGUUUCGGGUGCUCGAACGGGGAUGGUUUGUUGACGAACAAAUCGAACGAGGACAUCGCCAAGGAUUAUUUUAAACGGGUUUACGAGCUGCUGAAGAAACGACAGGAAGAGGCGAGGAAGAUUCAGGAGGGGGAGGGAGUUCCUGGCUGCGACGAUUCUUCUUCCUCGAACUACGUGGAGAAAGUACAGAAGAAGAGGCUGAGGCGGAAGAAGAGGGAUCGGAGUGCACCAGGCGAGGAAAUCGUAACAGUGCCUCCCACGAGCGGAGGCCAGGAUAGCUGGAAGGUGCAGACACUUUCGUUGAGCACCGAAUCGCCGAGCAAUCGUCGUAAAGGCUGUCGUCCUCAGGUGCAAGCGGUGUCCGCUGGGAAACGUACGCGUCCAGCCCCGCCCCCGCCGCCGAUAUCCUGCAAGGUCAAUGCCAAGGACAUCAACAAGUACUUCGAUUGGCCGAACAAGGAGAACACGCCCGGAAAUGCCGUGAACGCAGCGGAGGGGACGAACGAGGCCCAGUUGGAAAACGAACAGCCAACCAUGGGCUCGAAUUUGAGUCGUCACAACGGAAAGGGCCUCACGGGCCGUAGGACCCAAUCCUCCGGGAACUUGUGCGAACCCAAGGGAAAGCUGAACACCAUGGGCAAGAUCCUGGUUCCGUGCUCCAGCGCGCAGAGAGAAAGAUACAAAUUCUGUGGCUCGUUGCCCAAUCAUCUGGACGACAAGGACACGCUAGACGACGACCAAAAGGAAAAUAAUAACAUAAUGACGGACACAAUCACCGGGAAUCUCGGUGGAACGUUGCCACACAAGAAACGAUCGUUGGGCGUACAUUUUUCGGACGGAGGACCGACUGGCGCUUUGGAUCUCGUCAAGCACCGGUCACAGGACUCCGUCGAUGAAAACGAUCCUUGGAGAUACCAGCAGAGCGACCUUGAUCUGGUCAGGUGUCGCCACGGGAAUUUCGAUUCCGUGAGCAGAAAUCGAAGCACCGACGCGGUAUCCGGCGAUUUAACAAGAAGGUACUCCCGCGGGUCGUCUCUGGACGACAGGUGUCAUCGAAACUCGGAUCUUGACCUGGUGGGCACGUUGCCUAGACGGAAACAGGACGCCAGAAACUGCGGGAAGGUUUCCGAGACCAACUCCUCGUCCUCGCAGACUAGCAACCCUGACGGGGCGGACAACGAUUUGCUGAUGCAGAUCGUCCACAAACCCGAUUGCGAGCUGGUCAGGCAUCGACAACAGCUGAGCAAGUGCAUUGACCUUAAAUUGAGCAAACUGGCCGGCGGAGAGCCGCAGGAUCAAGGUUACGCGUCGGAACGUUCGCCGGAAGACGAGCAUCCUCCAUCUUUGCCUGGACAGCCGUUCCCAAAUAUAACACCUGAGAGCACGUUUCGCGUAACGUUGCAGAAAAGCAGCCGGGGUCUCGGCUUAAGCGUUUCCGGCGGAGGAACUGCCGGACCUGUUAGGGUAAAAAGACUGUUUCCUCAACAACCCGCGGCUUUAUCCAACAAAUUACAACCUGGCGAUAUACUCCUCGCUGCCAAUGGGACUCCUUUAACCGGCCUCACCAAUUAUGAGGCCCUCGAAGUUCUACGAACGACACGCAGUACCGUGGAGUUGGUGGUGUGUCGACUUCCGGGCGAUACGAAUGUCACACCACCCGGUGCACCGCCGCCACCCCCUGCAAGGCGUGAGCCACCGCCGCCCUUGCGAAUACUCAACCCCUUGCCGCCGCUUCAAAUCGAACCCUGCGGCGAAUUCGACAUAGAAAUGACGAAGGUCGGUGGUAGUCUGGGUUUCACUUUGAGGAAAGCGGACAGCAGCGCACUGGGUCAUUACGUAAGGGCAUUAGUGCGAGAGCCGGCAUUAAGCGACGGGAGGAUCCGACCUGGGGACAAAAUAGUCGCCGUCGACGGUGCACCGUUGUCGCCCAUGAGCCACGAAGAGGCUGUCCAAUUGCUGCGACAAUGUGGACCAACGGUGAGACUACGGCUAUAUAGGGAUCUGGCGCAGACCCCCGUCUCCGCCCUUUCGCCCACCGAGCCCGAUCACCCUCUCCGUCCACCGCGAACAAGUUUGAGGCAAGAAGCCGUAGACAUGCUGUGCGAUCUGGCGGUUCGAAAGCUGUCGCCGGGCACGUCGAGCGGUUCGAGCUGCAAGCAAUCGCCUGGUGCAUCUUGCAACUCCCCGAGAAGACUUCGUCGUCUUGCCACGCGUACGCCCACCGAAAACGAUCAAGAAGCUCUGGAGAAGCAUUCGAGCGUGCACACGACGUCGACGGCCAGCCAAGCGGAGACAUCGGAUUCUGACCAGUGCUCGAUCAGGACGCAGAUAACGAAUUCCCAACCAAACACACCUGGAACCGACAUAAUCGAUCCGCCGCCACUCUACGACGUUUGCGAUUCCAGUGAUUCCUCGAAGGCACCGGCGCGACCGAGUUUCCUCGACUUAUCGGCGCCCCAGGGGAAACCUCAUUUUCAGUUCUGCAGCCUGGACUCCGAUCUCGAGUAUCCCGGAGGUGACGGGAUCGUCGCCGAGGACGAGCUGAACAAGACAACGGGGACCGAUUAUAGGAGAAGAGAGGCGAACGGAUUGUCCAGCGACGAGCACGACAACGAUCUACCAUCGGAGCCAGCCUCGAUGCCACCGGUGCUCUCCUCGACGAGCACCUCGAGCACCGCUGCAUUCAGUUAUAAGAACCCGGCUUAUCAGAGCGCCAAUCCAGCUUGCGGCGCCGGUAUCGACGCCACCGCGAAAAAUAAGGCUACACACUCCAGCGACCAGGAUAUACCAGGUAAAAUCUUGGGAACGGAAGAUCCCGCUGGCAGCAAGGGUUUGCUGAAGUGGAAGGGCGUGAUGUUCGCCCCAGAUGAUGGAAUAGAUAAAACCGAAAACGAAGAGGAGAAGGUCGGGAAAGACACCACAGAUUCAGCUGCCCCGAGCGAAGAACUUGAACAAGGAACCGAGGUGUUCAUGGUAGAGCUGACACGUGGAUGGAAUAGUCGACUAGGGUUCAGCUUGCAACCGGAAGGAAAUCAUACAGUUAUAUCGGUGGUACAUCCCGACAGUGUUGCUGCCAAAGAUGGAAGGCUUAAACAAGGAGAUGUGCUUAUGAUGGUGAACGACGAGAGCGUGAAAGAUAUGUCGACAGCUGAUAUAAUAGAUCUAUUACGGAAAAUACGAGGUUCCAUAGGUAUCACGGUCAUGAGACGUAACAAACGGGAUAAUGUAACGUGACGCUAGUCAGGCGUAUAAUAGAAGGAUUCGUCGAGGAUUAGGUGAGACUUCCGGCGUCCAUCAGCGCGUUUUUUCAUCUUCAAAGAUUUAAGAUCGAUUCGUCAACUUCUUAAUACGUUCAUUACGGAAUGGAACAUGUCCUUUUGUUUCAAAAACAUUUAUCUAUUCGAAUAAAUAUUGCUUGCGCUUAGUUUUCGAGAUAUUGUUAUUACUAAACUGUGGACGUUUAAUUUUGAAAUUUUAAUUUUGAAAAACUACAGAAUAUACUUGAUAUGCGAAAAUAUGAGAAAUAUGAGAAAUUAUUAUAUUUAAGGGUUGAGACAACCCUCUACGAAGCUCCUAUUUCAUUAAUUCUAAUAAAUACGUGAAUUUGCAUAAAGAUCCGCAGUCUAAUUAUUGAAAAUCUAUUAAAAUUGACAUCAAAUAAACUGUAAUUAUCUAUUAUUUUUUGAAGAGCCCCUGACAACAGGCAACGCGAUGUUCGCGUGUGCACGACUUUACACCUAUUUAGGCGUCAAUUCUAAUUUUACAACAAUAUCUUAAAACCUAAAUGCAAGUGAAUCACUGAAAUCAACGAGAAACCCCCUUCAAACGCUUACCUUUUCUUGAAUUUAAAUGUAACAUAGAUUUUGAACAAAAAUGGCAAAGUAAAUAAAUCUCGACUACAGAGCCAACAAAAUGGUGACGCUCUGUACGUGAUCGACGAGGUAAAUCCACCUCCAUCGCAACGAACGUGUCAAAAAGUUGAUCCACGAACAUGGACAAAUCAAUUCCUAAACAUCAGAGUUGGAAAAAUUUUAUUCCCGAAUAGAAAAUAGAUAAUUUUUAAUUCGUUCGUGCGCCGGAUUCCGUUUUCGUUUCGUUCGCGAGUUAAAACGACGGACUUUUUUUUAUAUAACCGACGGCAAAAAAUCUUCUUUACGAACGAAUGUAAAAAUGUUUGAUACCCGGGGAAUAAAACUCGCCCUCGACUCUGACGAAUAUAUCGACGAUCGGUUGCAAUAAAAAAAAAACCUUUACCGCGAACAAAUCUGUAAAUACGAUCUAUAAAAAAUCGAAGACUUGGACGCGCUGUGGUGGUUUAGUUAAUUGUACUUACUUUCGGAAUCAGCUUGCGUGAUUAGCACGCAAUUAAUCGCGCGCGAGACGCUCCGACUAAUGAUAGGUUUAAAUCUAAUUGUUACAUAUUUCCAAAUAUACUAUCGACGUAAUUCAAUUAACGCCGCGAGGCGUUUGAAGAUAAUCCUUCGAGACGAACCGUUCAGAGUUCGUUUAUGGUAAUAAGACUGCUUUAAAAAGUAGAGAAACGCGAAAGGCAAAGAGGGGGAGUAAUUGCACGGUUGCCAUGUAGAGAUAUUUAUUCGACGAACGUAAGGAUACCAUGCGAAUCUUUAUUUUCGCGUGAUUCUAUAGAAACCAUAGACGCUGUGUUUGAUCGUAAAAAAAAAGUAGUAUAAUAUUUUUGUAAAUCUUCUCGCCCGAACGACGUUUCGACAACUUAAACCGGAAUUCGAAGGCGUGAGAAAAUUUAUGCGUUAUUAAAACGACUUUAUACAGAGUAUAAAUAUAUUUUCGGCCACCCCAGGAAAAAAUUUUAAUUGGGGAUUCUAGAGGCCAAAAUAAGACGAAAAUCAAGAAUACUAAUUUGUUAA